UCCUCUGUUCACUCUUCUUCUAGAAUCUUCAGAGCCGAAGCAAUGGCGGAUCGGUUCUUCCCGAACACUAUGCCGGAGUUCGUAGCCGAAACGACGCCGUCGACCCCGCAGGAAGAAGAAGAAGCUCUCACAGUGGGCGACUCGCUCCCGAAGCUCCUCGCCAUGCCCCAAGCGCCACUCUGGGAGCGUCUGAAACGCGCCGCUCUCGACCUCAAAGAAACCAUAGUGAUAGAAACGUGGGGAGUGACCGGGCAACACGUGAGCGAGCGCGACUACACUCUCUACUGCGGCCUACUGGGCACCGCUUUUCUGCUCUUCAAGUCCUACCAAGUGACCGGCAACGGGAACGACCUUGCCCUCUGCUCCCAGAUUGUGAAGGCUUGCGACGCCGCUUCCCUUCGUUCCAGUGACGUGACCUUCAUAUGCGGGCGCGCUGGUGUGUGCUCUCUCGGAGCCGUGGCUGCAAAGCACGCUGGCGAUCACCAGUCCUUGAGCUACUACUUGGCUCAGUUUGAAAAGAUUAAGCUUUCAAAGGAUCUUCCUGACGAGUUGUUAUACGGGAGAGUUGGUUUUCUAUGGGCGUGUUUGUUCUUAAACAAGCACCUUGGUCAGGGGACAGUUCCUUCCAGUUAUACUGCUAUGGUUGUGGAUGAGGUGAUUAAAAAUGGAAGGGCGUUGGGAAGGAAGGGAAGAUGCCCCUUGAUGUUUGAAUGGUAUGGGGAGAAGUAUUGGGGUGCUGCACAUGGCUUGGCUGGGAUUAUGCAUGUGCUCAUGGAUAUGGAGUUGAAGCCAGAUGAGCUUGAGGACCUUAGGGGAACUCUCAAGUACAUGAUAAGCAAUCGCUUUCCCAGUGGAAACUAUCCUGCUACUGAACAAGAUAGGAGGAACGAUGCUCUUGUGCAUUGGUGUCAUGGAGCUCCUGGAAUGGCACUCACACUUGUCAAAGCAGCUAAGGUUUUUGGAGAUAAAGAAUUCUUGGAUGCAGCUACGGAAGCAGGAGAGGUGGUUUGGAACCGUGGUCUGCUCAAGAAAGUUGGGAUAUGCCAUGGUAUUAGUGGGAAUGCGUAUGUGUUUCUGUCACUGUACCAACUUACCGGGAAUGUGAAGUAUUUAUACAGGGCCAAAGCUUUUGCUUGCUUUUUGCUUGACAGAGCUCAUAAGCUGAUAUCUCGAGGAGAAAUGCAUGGAGGUGAUAGACCAUAUUCAUUGUUUGAAGGGGUAGGAGGCAUGGCUUAUCUCUUUUUGGACAUGGUUAAUCCUUCCCUCUCUAAAUUUCCAGCUUAUGAACUGUGAGAAUCUACAUAAUUUGGAAAUGAGGACUUAUGUAUAACCGUAUCUCAUAUGUAAAUGAAGUCAAAAUAAUUGAGAGCCAGCCUAUGUAGGAUAUGUAUAAUCCUCAUAUAAAUUUCGAGUUAUGUGCGAACUUGAUUGUGUAAAUUUCUUUAUUUUUUUGUUU